UGAAGAGCUAAUAUCUCAUGAAUUUGAAAAAUUCACAGAUGAAGAUGAAUGGAUCGAUAAAAUCGAAGAACAAGAUAAAGCAGAAACUUACUAUACUGAAGAAGAAAAAGCUAAAAAAAUUCUUCUAAACAACUAUCAAAUUUUUGCUGAAAAUAUUUCUAAAGAAGAACAAACCUUAGAAUUAGGACAAACCAAAGAAGUUUGUUAUAAAAUUGACACUCCUGAUGCUAAACCAAUUAAACAAUGA